ACCUAAAACAACACUUGAUUUUCACAAACAAACACUUCAGUACAAGAAUCAAGAUGGACUCCCAAAACACCCAAAACUUGAGCUACAAAGCUGGAGAAGCCCAGGGUGAAGCUCAGGAAAAGACCAACACCAUGAUGGACAAGGCUGCCAAUGCUGCUCAAUCUGCUCAAGAAUCCUUGCAAGAGGUUGGAAACCAAUUGCAGGCUAAAGCACAAGAAGCUGCUGAAGCUGUGAAGAACGCAACAGGGAUGAACAACAACAAAUGAAGAUUAAUGGAUCUUUAGUUUCCCUUCAAAUAAACCCUGUUUGUGCUGAUGCAUAUAUUUUACAGGAAUAUUGUUUCAUUCUUUUUCAAAUGUAAUUAUUUUCUAUGUUGAGUAAUUAACUCAAUCAAAUAUUAGUAACGUUGUUUCAUAG